AUGUCAAACUCUCACUUGCUCAGAAUUUUCACUCUAAUUACCACUAAUGAUCUCGCCUUGGGAUAUUUGGCGAUUCCAUUCAGAAGUGAUUAUGAAAUUGUUCAAAAGGCAGUUUCAGUAAAUGAUCGUGCCUUAAAGUUUGCCUCUGCUGAUUUGCAAAACAGCAAGCAAAUUGUUUUGGAUGGUGUCAAGAAUUGUGGAUUGGCUGUCAGGUUUGCUUCAUCAGAAUUGAAGAAGGAUUUGGAAAUUGUCAAGAUAUCACUCAAGACAAGUAAUGGUAAAUCAUUCGAAUUUUGGGACGAAUAUUUGAGAAACGAUGAUGAAUUUAUUAGAAAGUCUGAACUCGUUACCGUUGCCACUAAUCAAUGUGGGAAUUCCAUUCGUUAUGCUUCAAUAUUCCACAGAUCUGACAUUGAACUUAUGACCCCUAUUAUCAAGAAGAAUCCAUUCCUCAUCGAACAUGCCAACCGUAUCAGUGAAGAUAUGGUAAAGGUUGCUGUCUCUAUAAAUGGACUUGUCUUGAGAAGACUUGCUGACAGAUUUAUCAACAAGACUGUUCAUAUUGCCAUUUCACAAAAUAAACAUGCCAUUGGACAUGUGAAGGAUUGA